CAGCCAAAUUCAAUAUGGCGUAAACAUUUCUCAUGAUGAUUGGAUUGGUCUUCAACAAAUUUACAAUGAAACUACCUAUGCUUGGAAUAUAAACGUACAAGAAGUAUAGUAUCGUUUUUGGAAUAUCAUUUUGAUAUUAUGUAGUAUUUUUAAAUGAGAUAUUUUGACCCGUUGUCGAAAAUGGAAGACUCAAAGCUGUUGACAUUGAUGUUGUUGUCAGCCAUCGCUGUGGGCCAAUGCUAUUCAGGCAAUAUGCACAUGAAAGUUUGUCCUGGUCGUUACUGUGGACGAAUUGUGCAAGGCAAUACAAGUCAAGAAGUUGGAGAGUGUGGAGCAUGUCCCAGGGGAAGUCGUAGUGAUGGAACCUUUUGUGUGAAGUGUUCUAACAGCCUUAGCAUGUAUGACUGGUUGUAUUUGGGCUUCAUGUUUCUGACAGUCCUGGUUCUACAUUGGUUCUUUAUUGAUUACUUUUCAAAGAGAUCCAAGAAGGUGAUAGUGAUCCUCUUCAUCUGUGCUGCAAUUGAAACACUUUGUGCAGCUAUUGUUACUCUCUUGUUAAAUGAACCAAAAGGUUCAUUAAAUCUAAUAUCCUGUAAAUCAGAGCAGUUGUCAGAUUGGUACACCGUCUUCUUUAAUCCCAAACCUGACUAUGUCAAUACAAUAUACUGUACAAAUGAAGCAGUUUAUCCAUUAUACACAAUUGUCCUUACAUUCUUUGCCAUGUCAGUGGCCUUGUUGCUGCUUGUGAGACCCAUUUCAUCUCACUACAUUUGUGCUGAUCAAGGCAUCUCAUCAAUAUAUGCUGCCUUGUAUUUCCUACCCAUCCUGGCGACUGUACAUGCCUUGUUUGGUGGUCUUCUCUACUACACCUAUCCUUAUAUAAUUGUUGUAUCAGCAAUUUUAAGCAACGCUACUGUAUUAGCAAGAAACCGUAUAAUGGGAUUCCGGCAAUUACUAUCAAGUAAAAGACACAUAGGCAUCGUACUUGGCCACUGGACUCUUCUAGCCUAUGGAUUCCUUGGCCUAACACAGCUAGCCCAACCAGCAAUACAUGGACCAAUGUUUAUUCUUGUUACAGCACCUGUAUUGUUUUAUCUUGCUACAUCAUCAUUGACAGAUCCAAUCAAGUUUAAACGAUAAUUUGUACAAUAGUAAAAGUGGAUGUUCAUUGAAGAGAUUAGAAGUCAAAAUAGUGAUGUAGAAUAUGUAGGUUUUUUUUAGCUGGUAGUCAUCAAAAUAUGAAUUUCAUUGUUUUCUUAUGUAUAGUGAUACGUGUUUUUUUGUGUGUCUUUUUUUGGCAAGUUGGUUUGUUCAAACAGCUAGCAAUUGCUAUAUGGUUAUUGGUAUUAUUGGCUUCAAAUGAAGGCUGACACUUCUGUAAAUUAUGCUGAUCAAGCACUAAAAUGUAAGGCAAGCAAAAACACUCAUGAACACACUUGGUCUCGACGUAGGUAGAUCGUUCCACUCAAUACACAUUGGCCUCUUUUGUAAAUAGUGGUGAUUAUGAAUCAAUAAUAAUGCGAUUUAUCGCACUCUAAUCGGUUUGUUUCAAAGGUUUAUGAAAUAAUUAAAGAUACAAACAACGAAUUAAAACGAGUAGAUGUCAUGA